AGACAAACUCACUACAAAUAUACAGAAGCCCAUGAAAAGACAGAAACUUAGCUCAGCUCCCUCAUCAUCGGUUCCGCCGCCGCCACCACCACAGAUUCACCGUCUUUCUCCUGAACACGAACUCUCCGUCAUGGUCUCCGCCCUGAGAAACGUCAUAACCGGCAUCACCCCCUCCUCCUCCGCCGCCUCCGUCGAUAUUCCAUCCGGUUUGUGUUCCUUUAUGACUUCCACUCCCGCCGGUCCUGUUGAUAGUGGGAGCGUGUUAUUUCAAACGAGUGAAGUUAUGGAUAAGUGCCACGUGUGCAAUUUUGACGGCUGCUUGGGGUGCAAUCUUUUCCCGCCAAGUCAGCAGGAAGAACAAAAGGGUACAACGACGACGACGACGACUAUUAGUAAAACAAAACGAGUAAAGAAAAACUACAGGGGAGUUAGGCAAAGGCCGUGGGGAAAAUGGGCGGCGGAGAUUCGAGAUCCGAAACGCGCAACCAGGGUCUGGCUCGGAACAUUCAACACGGCGGAGGAAGCUGCUCGGGCUUACGAUAAAGCAGCCAUCGAUUUCCGCGGACCAAGAGCUAAACUUAACUUCCCAUUCCCGGCAACCUACGGCAAUGACGAAGUAACAACAACAGCAGCAGCGACAACUGUAGAUGUCUCCGAUCAAGAAAAUAGCCGAUGGAUGAAUUUUAACACGGGAAGGGACACGGAAAUGAGAGUGGGGACGGAGUUUUUGGAUGGAAUGGGGCAAGAUGAGAUUCAACAUUGGAUGAUGAUGAUGACGACGGAUUUUGAUUGGGACAAUAAUUCCUCGGAUUCUGCUACGACUCUGGGACUUGAUUAAUGAACAGUCGAAAUUAUUGUUUUGCUGCUUUCAUUUUUUUUAACUAUUUCUUGCUCGUCAUUGCUUCCGUUAAAAAUGGAAAGUAAAAGGCUAUUUCUUGCUGUAUUAGUUGCAGGAAAGGGUUCAUCAAUGAAGCAACUGUACAAUCGUUCUUCAAAUAAUUCAAAUGGCAUAUAUUUCCCG